UUCAAGUCAGUUUCAGUUGCGGCCAUGCUGUCGGUCUGCAAUAUUGGCGUUAAGUCUCCAUAUAUUUUGAUCUUGCGUCUCUACACAAUCAAGAUUGAAUUUAUCAUUUAAUUAUUUGACAAUUACCAGCAGUUAGGGAUUAACAUCAACAAUGAGUACAACCACGAAUGUUACAUUUUCUUCACUCAUGACUAUGUAACAAGAUUCACAAACGUAAUCAAAAUUGUUUGUUAUUAUCACUAUAUUAUCAAAACGAGUGAAGUGAUAAUAAAUGGUGUGCAUGAUAAUAAUUAAAAUAAUUUGUUAUUACGUUUGAAAGAAUUUCAAAAAUUGGCCCUGACAAAAUAGUUCAUCAUGAAGUGGCAAAUAAUUUGUUGCAUUCUUUGUAUUUUUGGUUUUUUAAAAGAGUUUCGGCCUAAUGAACCCUUUGUCACAAAUUAUCUGACUGGUCCAUGGAAAAAUUUCACACAACCACAAGUAAACCAAGAAAUUUAUCCAGUUGGUACAUACUGUUAUUUUUUUACUCUAAUUUUAGUAUUUUUAUUGACUGAUUUAAUAAGAUACAAACCAGCUAUUAUAUUAUGUGGUCUCUCCGGAGCAGCCACAUUUGCAAUAAUAAGAUUUGGAACGACAAUACCUCAUAUGCAAGUAGUAGAAUUUCUUUAUGGAUUAUUUUUUUCAACUGAAGUAGCUUAUUAUACAUACAUAUAUGCUAAAGUCAGUAAAGAACAUUAUCAACAAGUUACAAGUUAUACAAGAGGUGCAUUUCUUUGUGGUCGCUUUGCAUCGAGUCUAGUUGCUCAAUUAACAACAUCUUUUAGCGUUCUGGAUUAUGAGCAACUAAACUAUUUAACAAUUGGAUCUCUUAGUUUAGCAACAAUUUGGGCAAUUUUCUUACCACCAGUAAAGCAAUCCAUAUAUUUUCAUCGAAUAGAUAUCAUUACUAGUGAUAUAUCAACCUCAUUAGAGAGUCAAGGGAGUAAUAAGACAUUAUCUAUUUCAUCGCACAGAGCAUCAAACGUAACAUUACCAUUUUAUGCUAAAGUUAGACAUGCAUACUUUUUACUUUGGGAAGAUUUUAUCAAAGCUUACAGCAAUAAACAUGUAGUCAAGUGGUCACUGUGGUGGGCUUUUGCUACUUGUGGCUAUUUACAAGUGAUAAGUUAUAUACAAUUACUUUGGGAAGAUGCUGUAUUAAACUCUCCAGAUAUUAAAAUAAUCUACAAUGGUGCUAUAGAGGCAGUAUAUACAAUAAUAAGUGCAGUAGUUGUGUUGGGCGUCGGUAAUUUACAUUUCAAUUGGCCAUUGAUUGGUGAAGCAAUAUUAUCAAUUUUUUCAAUGUUUGAAGGAGUUUUAAUGUUAAUUACUUACGCUAGUUCAAACAUAUGGGUUUUAUAUACCGCAUAUAUUGCCUUUGGGGUGAUUUACCAUUCGAUAAUUACUAUCGCAAGUUUUGAAGUUGCUAAAAAUUUAUCGGAAGAUAGUUACGGCCUAAUUUUUGGAUUGAAUACAUUUUUUGCUCUACUGCUACAGUCAUUGCUAACGUAUAUUGUAAUAAGUAAAGAUGUUUUAGGAUUGAAUAUAAGAUUGCAGUAUAUGGCAUAUGGAGGCUAUUAUCUCGUUCUAGGUGUUAUUUUUUUGAUCAUGAAUAUCUUUACCGUUGUGCAUUAUUUAAGGAAUCAAAAACCACUAAAAAUAUGGGUGAAAAGUAUGGAUUCUGUUGCUGAAUCACGGGAUGGCAUUCAUGAAUUAAACUAGUACAUUACCCAAACAAAGACGUAACAGUACGUCAUAGUUAAUAUAUGGCUGUUCGUGUGACUUAAAACGAAACACGUUCUUUUUAAAUGUGAUAUAUAGUAUAGAAACUGUUGUUUGUUCCUACAUUAAUGUUGACAACAUAGAAUAUAUUUGUUACUUAUUUUAUAGAACUGAUAUACGUGCUCAAACGAUAACAGUCGAAAAAAUAAUUAUUUUUAAACAGAGAAUAUAUAUAUAUAUACACUGUUGUACUGUGUCAGUAAUGAAUAUUUUGUGGAAAAUAUAUACAUUUGUUGAAUAAAAUAUAAGUAUAAAUAAUGAGCUUGGUUGUUUCGUUCAAGCGUCAAUAUUUUUAAUUUGCAUUCAACUUUACUUAGCGUAAUUCAAUUUACGUAUAU